ACAAUCUCGGGUGGGGGUGGGGGGCUUCUUGGGCUGAGGAAGGGCCCCACCCCGCAGCCCCUUCCCUCUGGCUUGGCCAUCCUCAGGGCCCUGCAUAGAGGUGCCAGUGCUGUCCUGGGGCCUGUGACCGAAUGCCGCCCCCCCCCCCCCGCCCCAUGCAGAUACUGGGAGGGAGGGAGCUGCCAGCUUCCAUCAUCUCCUCCUCCUCCUCCUCCCAUGGUGCUCAAGGCCUGCACUUUCCUCACCUUGUGCAAACAAGCUGGUCAGCUGAGGAGCCCGAGGCUGGACGGGAGGGUCCCUUCUUCCCUUGGGCUUUCUGCAGCUGAGAGAGAGAGAGAGAGACUCCAGGAAGGAGUGGGGGGGGCGCGCCAGGCCUUGGAAGACCCCAGCCCACCCCCAAGCAGUGGCUGCCGAUGGCUGUGGGAGGCGGGAGUGAAGAAGCAGCCCUGACGGACAGCCAGGUCUUGGCUUUGGCUGGCGUCCACCUGGCGGUCCUUUCCCUCAGCCUGCUGGGCAGCGGGUCCAUCCUGGGGGCGGCCGUCCGGCGGAGGCGAUGCUGCCACGACCAGUUGCGCCCCCUGUUCCUUCUCUCGCUGUCGGACUUCCUGGCGGCUCUGCCCCUGAUCUCCGCGGCAGCUGCCCACUUCCUGCCGGCCCAGGUUUUCAUCUCAGCGCGAGCCUGGUGCCCUUCUCUGCUCAGGCUUGGCAUGAUGUUCUAUGCCAUUUCCUUCCUGAUGGUCAUUGUCUAUGCCUAUGAGGUGAACCGAGCUGUUGGAGGCUGGAGAGCGGGCCCUGUGGCCGUCCUAGAGGUAGCAGGGGAGGGGGGGAGAGACCCUGCCGGCCAAAUGGGCCUCUCUCUCUCUCUUAGGGAGAGCACCAACAGCAGCAGCCGCCUCUGCAGGUGGACUUGUCGGGCAAAACUCUACCCCUCGCUGCCCUACAUCUUGGCCUGGUGGGUAUGGGGCUCCUGCACACCAGAUCUUCCAGCUGGCUGGCAGGCGGGGGGAGGUGGAGGGGGCUCCCCUCGGUUCUUGGCUGGUGGCUCAGGACGCGAGAGGGGGGCCAUCCAGUGUUGCCAGCCGUGGAUCCUCCAGCCCGCCAUUCAUCCAUCUGCACCCUGCCCUCCGCGGCUUCCCUGAAGGGAAGGGAUCUAC